AUGCUAAGAAGGCAAUAUGAAUUGUUGUUGAUAGAGGAGGAUGAAAGUGUAACUGCUUAUUUCAAUAGCGUGAAGGCAAUUACCAAUCAAAUGAGAACUAAUGGUGAAGUGAUGACUGAAGUGGUGGUUAUUGAAAAUAUUAUGAGGACAUUAACACAAAGGUAUGAUCAUAUAGUAGUGGCCAUAGAGGAAUCAAAGGAUCUUGAGACAUUGAAGGUGGAAGAUUUGCAAGGCUCCUUAGAAGCCCAUGAACUGAGGGUAAGACAGAUGAAUGAUGCAAAUACACAAACACAUAUACUGCCGGCUCAGGUCACCAAGAAGAAUAAUCAAGAUGAUGUAAAAUACAAGAACGAAAAGGGAAAAUCCAAGUGGUACAAGAAGCAAAACUCUGAUGAAGGGACUGAAAACUCGAGUAAUCAGAACAACAGUGACAAUCACAACAAGAAAUCAAAUGAUAAGAAGAAGUUUAACAAGAAAAAGAUUCAAGGCUAUAAUUGUCGAAAAUGGGGGCACUUUGCUGAUGAAUGUAGAGCAAAGAAAGUGCAAAGAAAGGAAUAUGAAGCUCAGAUGACACAUGCAGAUGAUUCAGAUUCAGAUGAUGUAAUACUGAUGGCUACCACAAACUCAGAUGAUGAAUGUCCAGAAUUAUGGUAUCUUGACACAAGUUGCUCCAAUCAUAUAACAUGGCAUAAGGAGUGGUUUGUAAGCAUUGGUGAAAGGGUAAAAAGGGAGAUUAGGUUUGCAAACAACAGUUCAGUGACUGUUGAAGGAGUUGGGAAAAUGCUGAUUAAGAGGAGGGAUGGCAAACAAUCCUUUAUAUGUGAUGUGCUUUAUGUAUCAAAUAUGAAUAAGAACCUCUUGAGCCUUGGACUACUGCUUGUAAAAGGAUAUUCAAUGAAGAUGGAGCAUGGUGAAAUGAAGAUGUUUGAUAGCUCAAGAAGACUGAUCUUGAAGGCACCACUCUCAAAGAACAGAACCUUCAAGAUUGAAACCCAAAUCCUGAGAACUAGUGCUUGA